AUGUCCGACUACUUAUCAUCUCUCUCCUUUGUCACCGACAACCCCGCCGCCGCGGCUCUCAGCGAUGCAUACAACUCGUUCUCCGACCGAAGGGCGAUGCUUGGUCUGCCCAACCCUGGCACUGUCGAUAACCUCGCCAGGGAAGUGCAAAAGGAUGUCCUGUUGACCAACUUCAUGUUCUCCGGCCUGCGUGCCGACCUGACCAAGGUCUUCGGCAUGUCUCCUCUGUUCCGUGUCUCCCACGCCUUCUCCAUGGGCUCGACCGGUAACCUGCCCCCAUACGCUUUCUCCGCCAUGUACGGAAGCCCCAAGGUCUUCAUGCAAGGUAACUACGGAAGCGACGGUGCGCUCGCCGCUGUCGGUAACUACCGCUGGAACCAGGCCCUCGUCACCAAGACCAAUGCUCAGAUCAUGGCCGGCGGCGCCCAGGGAUUGAUUCAGAUCGAUAACGACUACACCGGUUCCGAUUUCUCUGCCUCCCUCAAGGCCUUCAACCCCUCUUGCUUGGAGGGUGGUCUCACCGGUAUCUUCGUCGGCAGCUACCUGCAGUCCAUCACUCCCGCUCUGGCCCUUGGUUUCGAGGCCAUCUGGCAGCGCCAGGGCAUCACUGCCCGCCCCGAGACUGCUCUCUCUUACUCCGCCAAGUACAAGGGUGACGACUGGAUUGGUACUGCUCAGCUCCAGGCCCAGGGCACCUUCAACGCCACUUACUGGCGCAAGCUUUCCGAGCGCGUCGAGGCCGGUGUUGACAUGAACCUCCAACUCUCUCCCUCCCCCGCCGCUCUCAUGAUGGGUGGCCCCGCCCGUGACGGUACCACUGCCAUCGGUGCCAAGUACGACUUCCGCGCCUCUUCCUUCCGUGCCCAGGUCGACAGCACCGGUAAGGUCAGCUGUCUCCUUGAGAAGCGCAUUGCCAUGCCCAUCUCCCUCUCCUUCGCCGGUGAGAUUGACCAGGCUAAGCAAACCGCCAAGCUCGGUCUUGCGGUCUCCCUGGAGCUCGCUGGUGAAGACCUGAUGGAGCAGCAGGAGAAGAUGGACCCUGCCGCCAUGAUCCCUCCUCCCUUCUAA